GCAGGGGGCGGGGCGACUGCCGCUGCCAUCUGCAGCUCCCCCAGGUAACUCCCUCCUGCGUACUCGCGCUCCCCCUGGUGGCCGCCGCCUUUGAGGUCGGCCGCUGGCUUUGAGGCCCGACACCGGGUCGCCCUACCCCGAGCGCCAGCCUGGGAUCAGCGCCUUGCGCCCAACUCUGCUCCGCCCAGCGCCAGGCGAGGGGCGACGCCUCGAGGUCCACCGGGAAGGUGCAGGAGGCGGGUUCCGUCCAGGCCCAGUUGUUCUGGAGAAGCCGAGGCUCUGGGCCGCGGGGGCGGGUGGGAUGGCAGAGCAGCGGGAGUAUUGUAGUACGAAGUCAGAUCCCUACUAUGAGGCAGCGGCGACUGCAGAACCUACGAUUUCUUCAUCGGGAGCCGCUGGUGUCGCCGCAAAGUCACCGGAGCCCGAGGACUACAAUAGCAAGUGCGUGUUCUGCAGGAUCGCUGGGCAGCAGGAACCGGGCACGGAACUCCUGUAUUGUGAGAAUGAAGACUUAGUUUGCUUCAAAGAUAUCAAACCAGCAGCACCUCAUCAUUAUCUUGUGGUGCCAAAGAAGCAUCUUGGAAACUGCAGAGAUCUAAAGAAAGAUCAAAUAAAACUGGUUGAGGACAUGGUUGCUGCUGGAAAAACCAUUCUUGAAAGGAAUAAUUUCACGGACUUCAAAAAUGUGAGAAUGGGUUUCCAUGUGCCACCAUUCUGUUCCAUUUCCCACUUGCACCUUCACGUUCUGGCACCAGUAGAUCAGCUUGGCUUUUUUUCAAAAUUGGUUUAUAGAAUGAAUUCCUAUUGGUUUAUCACAGCCGAUUAUUUGAUUGAAAAACUAAGAACAUGAAAAUGUCAACAGUGGAAGAUUGUCUUAAUCUUGGCUCAACAUAAACUAAUAUGAUGGUCUCUUUUAAGUCAAAUUACAAUGUAAGGUUUGUCGGGUUUGUGAGAGGCUGUUACUGGAUAGCCUUAAAUCUUUUCUGAUUGUCUUUUUUCCUGAGAUCUGUGAUAUAGUUACAAGACUACUCUGUCAUUUACUUCUUUGUUUUAAUGGUUACUUGUCUAAGGUAUAAGAUAACUAUAGACAAAAUCCCAUUAAAACAAAUUCUGUCAAUCAAGAAGGGCUCUGUAUUAAACAGAGUUCAAAUACUUUCAUUUUGUCAGUAUAUUGUCCAUUAUAAUAGUGAUUUAGUAUGAAAAAUUAACUGGUAUAGAAAGUACAUUGUUGGAGCCUUUAUAUUGUGAAAGAGAAAGAGAAAUUAACUAUUUCUUGACAGUUCUAUAAUUUUGCACAUAAAAUAUCAAAAUAAAUAGUACCAUAUUACACAGUGAUCCCUUGUCUUGUUGGUGGAAGGAAUUGUGUAACUUGUUAUUCAGAUUUCAGAUGGUGUUUUCACUUCUUAAAGCCUAGCAUCUUUGUAAUAAAUUGGUCCUGAAAGCUAUAUAAUAUGUAUAUAAUAAUUUCUAACAGUGAAUUGACAAUAACAAGCAAUCUGGCUACCCAAGAGAAUUCGCUGUAAUGGAAUUUUACCUAUAACAACAUAAAUGGGCAAGAAACAUAAAAUGUGUAUUAAUGUAUUAAAAUUGGCAGAAACUGUUGCUUUAUGCCUUGUUUAUUGUACCAAAGGAAAAUUAGAAUUAAAAACUGAUGAGAUCUAGCUUUUAUUGUGAAAAGGUCCGGGUUUGAAAACAGAGAUAGCUAGUCUUGGAUAAGAGAAUUUAUUUUAAUAACACAAUGUUAAUAUUAUUGGUAUAUUAUUUUAUGAGACAUAUUUCUUUAAGAAUUGUCUUUUGUUGCUAAUGGACACUAGCAAUAGUGAAUGUGAAUGAAGAGUAGGUACUAGAAGCUAAUCCUACAUUGUGCCAGUGUAUAUUAGUACUAUGUACAUGAAUAAAGUGAACAUGAGGAUUAAAGUAUUGAUGUUGGAAAUAGGUUUAGAUGGCUAGUUUUCUUGCUGAUUUUUUGGCUUGAUAUUAAACAUAGUUUUAAGUAAUAAAAUGCUAAUUACAAUAUUUAGUUACAAUAUCUGGAAUCAAUAUUGUUUAGUUCAUUCAUUUAUUCAUUCAGCAAACAUUUGCUGAGCAUUUAAUGUGUACCAGACACUGCCAGGAACAGGAAAAACAGCAUGAAAAAGGACAGUCUGCCUUCAGUCGCUAAUACAAGGGUCAGACAAAACGAGUGAUUACAUUUUAGUGUGUUAAAAGUGCUAUUUUGUCCACAGAAGAGGCUGUGAAGAGAGAAACACUUUUGAGAGCAGGUAGUACAGCUGAGUAUUUAAGAGUCUUAUGUUAGGCAGGUAGACAGUGGAAAUUGUCUUUCUAGGCUGAGACCCAGAUGUACUUUCCUUGUGUUCUUCUUCUAUUAAUUACUUGAAAUAAUUUAUUGAAAUGAAUGUCCAAAUUCUAUUUUAUUCCUGGAGGUGGAGAAAGGAAUUUGAAAGGGGGUAUAGGCGUUCAAAAUGAGAUUUACGGUUUUUCUGCACUGCUUUAAAUAGCUUGCUAAGUACCCACAUAGAUUAGCACUUACAAGUUUUUAUAAAUCAGUUCAAAUAUCACCAGCUACAGAACAGCAAUAUUCAACAUGUGCACCAUGUUGUACUAUGUGAACUUGCAAUGAUGUAAUUGACAAUGUUAUGAUAAUAACAUGUAAGGUAUUUAAGGAAUUCUCAAAUGCCUUAUGGACCUUUUAAAAAAUGUGAUUAGCUAGUUGAUUUAAUUUAUAUAUGUUUAUACUCUUUCACAAUAAGUUUUUCUUUGUUGGAAAACCCUUGGGACUUUACAUUUUUAAUGGCAGUUCUCUUUUACUUGUACAGAUUAAUAAUCAAAUUACUAAAAUUAAAAUUAAUUCAGCUUUUUCAGUAGUUUAAGAAUUUGGUAACUCUCUAGCUAUUUUUAAUAUUAGCUCAAUGCAGAGUUAAUUCAUAACCUGUCUUAAAAAUGUUUAAAGUAGUAUCGAGAGCAUUAUUUAUGCAUGUUGUGAUACUGUUUGUUUGUAAUUGAAGAAUUGUAAAAUUAUUAAUCAUGAGCUAUUUCAAACUGUGCUUAACGAAAAUAAAGCUAAAUAAAUGUGGAA